AUGUCAACCUUUCCAGGUGAAGAUACUACUAUCCCUAAAAGACUAUCAGAAUCCUUAGAGCACCAACCUUUAAAUCAUUUAAUACCUAAAAAUGGUCUAUUGAAUAUUAUUUCAAGUCCGAUAUCAGUCUCUCUAAAAUUAGAUGUCCCGGAUGCUUUUGAACCUAUACCUGAAGAUAUAUGGAAAUAUCCACAUCCAAUUGAUUUCGAUCCAUUAAGAACAGGCGAAAAGAAAGAGAUAAAUUUUAGAAGACCUGGCGACUUAGAAUGUAAUGAUGCUAAUAGGCCUGAAGGUGAUAACCUUAUCUUUGCUAAUCUAAAACCGUUAGCCAUCAAUUGCCUCGCAUCUGCCAAAAAGGUUGGCUCUGACUCCAUUGUAGAAGAAAACAACUACACUUCAGUGAAACGUAAACUUGAAAUGCUGAAUAGUAAUGUGGAGAUGAUUGACACCUGUAAGAAAUCUAAACUUCUACCUUCUAGCAGUCCUGUAACUAUAAACCAGGUUUCUCUUGGAAACCAAUAUUUAAAAAACCUUUCAAAAAUUAUGGAACAGAUUGGAUAUGAUGAUAGCAGUGCUAAUUUUGGCGAUUACGAGUAUUGGGUUUCAUUAGAUCACGGUAAUAUUCAUAUUUUAUCAAAACAGUGCCUCGAAAAACUCCAUAUUAUUUUUAAUAGUAUAUUAACAAUACCGGCGAUUUGGGAUGACUUAGAUGUUAUCACGCUACAGAGGAUCAUGGAUGUAUGUGUUAAUAGUGCAUUGAUUUCAAAAGAGCAUAUGGAACUUAAUGACGACUCAAAUAAUUUUCAAAUUAUCGCAUUUAGCUCAUCAAUAAUAAUUUUGAUGAUCUUUAUGAUUGACAAGAAUGAUAGAAGACUUCAUGUUGAGCAAUACAUGGUAGUACCAGUUGAUUUUUUGGGAUUUAUUGUUGAAAACCUCUCUGCUGAGUAUGAAAAGGGCCCAAAAGCUUUUGAAAACACCCUCUCUCUAUUACAUUCUACGUUAACUUUAAUCCCGGCGUAUAUUUCAAAAAGGCCAACUCUCGAUGAUGGCUUUAUAACAAAAUUGGUAUAUAUGGUUACCGAUUUGGCGCUUUCAAACUGGUCACACAAUAUUGGGCCACUGUCGUUGCAAAAUCAAAUGGAACACGUUAAAGCAAUAUGCAGUAAAACAAUUGAGAUAAUUUUUGAGAAGCUUCCAGAUCAACGCAUGUUUAUUGUUGACGAACUGCUGUCCCACUUGGAUGACCUCCCUGCUACUAGGUCCCAAAAACGUAUGAAGAAUGUUGGUAAGGGUACAUAUAUUACACAUUUCUCAUAUAUUAUGCUGUCAGUUCUACAGGUAUGGAACAGUUAUGAUUAUUGUGCUAUGAUGGAAACAACUGCACAAGAAAAUUUAAAGGAUUUGGAUGCGAAGCACAUUGCAACACAUAUAGACUUAGAGGUUGCAAUAGAGCAUGUUAUUGAAGUGAUAUUGAAAAAAACUUUCUCUAACACUUCAAAGUAUAGAGCGGUUCUUGGUCAUUUGGUGAGUGAUCUUAUUGUCACUUUAUUAUUACCUACAUGGCCAAUAACAGAUAUUAUACUUGCUCAAUUGUUAAAAAAGUUGUUGGCGGUUUUUAACCCACAGAACCAGAAGCCCAUCAAUAUCGAAUCCAUAGUACUUCAUGAGUUGGGAAAUAUCGGCAGCGCAAUUUUGGAUAUAAGACUACAAGCUAGACAGGAGGAAGAUAAUAAUCUAAUCAAAUUAUUCAACUAUCCAGACCAAAUUAAAACUUUAUUGAAUGCAUAUGAUAAGUGCGUAUUAUAUUGUAAGAGGACACAGAAAGACGGAAAAUCGGUGAAAUUUCUAUGGAGCAAGCAACUCACUGCCUUAAAUAAUUUAAGAGCAUUUGAUAAAGAUUCAGAAUCAUGGAAUUCAAAAUUAGACCAGCAUUUAUCGUCAAUAAUCAAAGCCAUACAUUCCUGUUCGAUUGAAUCCCAAGAAUUAAGUGAUUUAAGUGAAAUAGUUCCGAUCUAUUGCUGUACACUAUUUGCAUCACCGUUAGUUGGCAUGUACGAACCAUAUCUCAAACUUGUGUUGUCUCUUUUGGAUCGACAAAAAGCCAAGCUUCGUUCAGGUGCAAUUAGGUGUUUAUCUCUACUAAUAACAAAGGAUCCGUCGUUACUUUUAACACCAAUAGUUAAGGACACAAUCCAAUGUCGUCUAAGAGACUCUUCACCCCUAGUUAAAGACGCGAUAUUGGAACUGUUGGAUUUAGGUGCAAAUUAUAUCCAGUUUUAUCAGAACAUUAACGCUAACUAUAACGACGACAGCGUCCUUGUUAGAAAACACGUUUUGAAGAUAAAUCAAAGGAUAUAUGACGAAACAAUAGACAUCAACAUAAAAUCAUAUGUGGGAAACAGGAUAUUAAGAAGGAUUGAAGAUGAAGAGGAUGCUGUUAUCGAGAAUGCCCGAUCCGAAUUGCUGAAGCGUUGGGUACUCUCAAUUCAGGAAUUAGAAGAACGGCCCGAAGUACAGAUUUCUCGAUCUAGAGAGACGAUUAAAGUAAUUGCCAAAAUCCUAUCCAGUGGUGAAAAACCAGCCGAAUUGGUAGAGCAAUACCUGUCGUUUUAUAUACUGAAUAAAAGGUCACAUACAGUGGAAGAAUAUGAGAUAAUUCUCAAAUGUUUAUCAGUAUUAACUGAUCAAAUAAUAGAACUCGCAAUUGAACUGCAAUCGGGUGACAGCGAGGAAGAAAACAGCGAGGAAGGAAGAGGUAUUAUGAAGUUAUUAUCCAUCUUUUCCAGUUGUGAUGAGUUACUGAUUACUAAAGAUCAUAUUACAUCUCUUUACCCAUAUCUUCAUGAUGAUCAUAGGUCUGAUUUCCAGUUGAAUAUCUUGCGAGUGUACAAAACUACCUUCAAAAAGAUGUCAAACUUCAAGCCUAAGUUCUUAUUUGAUCUAGAAACAACUAUACUUUCUCGGUUGCCAAAGAUGAGUGUCAAGGAGUUAGAGGAAGCAAUGCCAUUAGUUUGGUCAAUUGCAAAAAAUCGAAAGGAUGACUCAAGGAUUUGUAAGGCUUGUGCUUCUUGCUUGGGUCAAUUGACCCCAUAUAUAUCCAAAGUUACGAGUGAGCCAUCAUCAUUACAACCAGAUGGGAAGAUACAAAGGCUGCUUUACCUCGCUACGGGGUUUGCUCGGUUUUGCAGCUUUGAAAAUACAGAAGAUAGAUUUCCCAAUCUAAAAUCAAGAGAAAAUAUAUUUGAAUACGUCACGAAAUGUCUCUUAAUGUUCACUAAAUCCGGCGUUCAUCAUGUACUAAGAAGGAUUUCAAUCAAAAACUUAGUUAAAAUCGCGUCUCAAUAUCCAAAACUGUUCAACUCUCGCCACGUUCUAAAUGUUUUAGAUGGGGAAUUUGAGAAUGGUGCUUUAGACAUUCAGUUAGUAAUGUUAGAAACCCUCUAUGACUUCUUUUUGAUGGAAGAAAAGAAGUCUAUGAAGCAAGCGGGUGUUAAUGGUACCGUUUCAUCUAAUGAAGAAUUAAAAAAGGUAGGUGUAUACACAAAUAGGCGGGAAUCAAUUUACGAGGGCAUUUGCUCAGCUUUAGUUUCAAGGUACCUGGAUAAAAUUUUGAAGAUUUGCUUAAUUACAGAUCUAAGCAAUGCAUUGGUGGCGAUACGUUUCUUGAAAUUGAUUACCAACUAUGGUUACACAAAUCCUUCCCGAUGCAUACCAACUGUCAUUGCUCUGCUUGCAUCUCCCAAUAAGUAUAUGAAAAAUUUGGCAACUGAAUUGUUACAGGAGCUCUUCCAAGCAUACGAAAGAAUGGUUUUUAAUGGUCUUAUACAAGGAAUCAAACUCGGCACUGAAUAUGCAAGAAAAACGAGGCCUACUGACUAUUAUAUUGAUAGCGGAUUUUUCUUAAGGAUUCAGGAAAUACUUUCCACAAGUAAGAAAAAUAAAACGACAUUCUUAAAAUUAGUGCGGAAAACAUUACUGCAUAAUGUCUCAAUAGAUCAAAUACUCGCAAAUGGAGACAGUUUUGAUACUUUGUUUCUAAUCAACAACAUCUUUAAUAUUGUUUUUGAGUACCAGUUCGAGUUGUAUGCGUUAGUGGGUUCACUUGAUGCAAUAUCUGAACAAAUUAGAGAUAGCAUAGCGGAAAGGAUUUCAAAUCAAAAUAUUGAACAUACAGAUAUCUCUAAAAUAUCAAAGCUAAUAUUUGCGAGAUUGUGCAUGGAAGAACUUCGUCGAAGAGUUUUUGAUAAAUACAAUUUGUCCGAAAGUCGUUUAGCAUUAAUUGGGAACUCAGAGGAGGAUGAUCUUAAGCACAGAACUGCUCAAGUAGUCGAUGGAAACAUGGUUACUUUAAAAAGCGAACCAAUAUUUCUAGGUUUUAAAAAUCCGUUCAAUAAUCUUGAUUACUGCAAGAAGUAUAUCAACAGCAAAGAGUUUGAGAAUAUGUAG